GGAAUGUUACCGACUAACAAUCGGAACAACUGAGCACUCGGGUAAUUGAACACUAGGAUCAAGGAAUCCCGUCUUUUUUUUGGAACCUUUUCUCAGUUAUUUCCCUUGUGUGUGGUUCGCGUCCGUUUACCGCGUGUCUACCGGAUAACUUCGCUCCGUUGCGUGCGGUUCUUUUUUACCGUGGAGCGUCUUUUUUUUUUUUUUUUGAUAUUAACGCGAAUCAGGCUAUAUGUGGGGAGGUUGGAAUAAAAUAAGAGGAGAAAUGCAGGGAUUUGUCAGGUUACACUUGCACUGCUGAACCCCCCCCCCCCCCUCUCUCCUCUCUCCCUCUCUCUCUCUCUCUCUUUGCGUUGCGCUACGACGCGUCUCCCCGGUUUUUUGCGUCUCUCCACACGGGACCAUGGAGUGAGAAAAGCGGGGGGAAUCGGACACGUUCACCCGAGGCGUUUUUGGAUCUGAGCACCGACUCCCCCAGUCAGUGGUCAGUGUGUGUUACCGAGUUUAACAUCUCCAACCGAACCGGGGGGUGUACCUUUUUGCGUCUGGGGGAGAGAGAGAAAGAGAGAGUUCCCAGACGGCUGUCGGACAGUUUUCCAUGUGAAUAGACCCACGCAGUGAGUCUGAAUGAAGCUGAGGAGACGCGUAUGAUUGUGUCCGAGUGGUGGUUUUUUUUGGGUGCACCGAUUCCCCCUACCACCACUACCCAUCCCAUCCACCCAUCCACCCCCCCAGCUGUAUAAGGCUGUGCGUCAUGCAGAAACUCUACAGAAGAAGGAGUAAAAAGAGACAAGACUUUUAAAAAAAGAAACAAAAUCGCCCACAUGCACUGGAUCAAUUGCUGGAUUUGGGAACCGAUUACGCAGAAGGGGAGUUGUGGAUCCUUGGAGGAGGUAGCCGGAGGAUGGAGCGGUGUAGCCGGGGUUAGUGAGAGCCUAACUUGGGGCUACUUUUCCAUAUUUGUUCUUCCUAAACAACUCGCACCCUGUUCCCAGGACACAUGCAGGCCAAAAAACGCUACCUGAUCCUGCUCUCCGCCGGUGCGUGUCUAGUGCUUCUCUUCUACCUCGGAGGGGUUCAACUUCCAGCCAGCAGGAGCCGGCAUGACCGCAGCCGGAAUGGGUACCGACCCGAACAACCCUGGCCCCACUUCUCAGACCCUUUACAACCGAUCCGGUCCUGGGAUCAGACGGACACUGAGGAGUAUAACCUGCACAUAUCUCCGAGGCAGAAGAGGGACGUCAACACCAGUGUUUACAAAGGCAAACGGUGCCGAAUGGAGUCGUGCUUUGAUUUCAGUCUGUGUCAAAAGAACGGAUUCAAAGUUUAUGUUUACCCCCAACAAAAAGGAGAGAAAAUAUCCGAGAGUUAUCAGAAUAUUUUAGCCACCAUCGAAGGGUCUAGGUUUUACACCUCAGACCCCGGACAGGCUUGUCUGUUUGUCCUGAGUCUGGACACUUUAGACCGGGAUCAGCUGUCCCCUCAAUACGUCCAUAACCUGAAGACCAAGGUCCAGAACCUGCCCCUGUGGAACGACGGCAGGAACCACCUCAUAUUUAACUUGUACUCGGGGACAUGGCCGGACUAUACGGAAGAUCUGGGGUUUGAUAUAGGUCAGGCUAUGUUGGCCAAAGCCAGCAUCAGUACCGAGAACUUCAGGCCCAAUUUCGACGUGUCCAUCCCCCUUUUCUCCAAGGACCACCCGAGGACCGGCGGAGAGAGGGGGUAUCUUAAGUACAACUCCAUCCCGCCUUUUAGAAAAUACAUGCUGGUGUUCAAAGGGAAGCGUUACCUGACAGGUAUCGGUUCGGACACCAGGAAUGCCUUAUAUCACGUCCAUAACGCCGAGGAUGUGGUGCUGCUCACCACCUGUAAGCACGGCAAGGACUGGCAGAAACACAAGGACGCACGCUGUGACAAGGACAACGCAGAGUAUGACAAGUACGACUACAAGGAGAUGCUCCACAACUCCACCUUCUGUCUGGUGCCCCGCGGCAGACGACUGGGCUCCUUUCGCUUCCUGGAGGCGCUGCAGGCUGCGUGUGUGCCGGUGAUGCUGAGUAACGGCUGGGAGCUGCCUUUCUCCGAAAUCAUCGACUGGAACACGGCGGCAGUCAUCGGCGACGAGAGGCUCCUGCUGCAGAUUCCAACCACAGUCCGCUCCAUCCACCAGGAUAAGAUCCUGUCCCUCAGACAGCAGACUCAGUUCCUGUGGGAGGCCUACUUCUCCUCUGUGGAAAAGAUAGUGCUGACCACACUGGAGAUCAUCCAGGACCGUGUGCUGGAACACGGCUCCAGGAGCAGCAUGAUGUGGAACAGUCAUCCUGGGGGACUCUUUGCCCUGCCGCAAUACUCUGGAUACCUGGGAGACUUCCCCUUUUACUAUGCUACGCUGGGAAUUAAACCGUACCCCAAGUUCACAGCGGUCAUCCAUGCUGUGUCCCCCCUGGUGUCCCAGUCCCAGCCCAUACUCAAGCUCCUGGUUGCUGUGGCCAAAUCCCAGUACUGUUCACAGAUCAUCGUCCUGUGGAACUGUGACAAGCCUCUUCCUGCUAAACACCGCUGGCCCGCCACCUCGGUGCCUGUCAUCGUCAUCGAGGGAGAAAAUAAGGUGAUGAGCAGCCGUUUCCUGCCCUAUGAGACCAUAGUGACGGAUGCUGUCCUCAGCCUGGAUGAAGACACAGUGCUGUCCACCACAGAGGUGGACUUCGCCUUCACCGUAUGGCAGAGUUUUCCUGAGCGGAUCGUUGGUUACCCGGCCCGAAGCCACUUCUGGGACAGCAACAAGGAGCGCUGGGGCUACACAUCCAAAUGGACCAACGAUUAUUCAAUGGUGCUGACUGGGGCCGCCAUUUACCACAGGUAUUACCACUACCUGUACACCAACUACUUGCCCACGAGUCUGAAGAGCAUGGUGGACCAGCUGGCCAACUGCGAGGACAUCCUGAUGAACUUCCUGGUCUCUGCUGUCACCAAGCUGCCGCCCAUCAAAGUCACACAAAAGAAACAAUACAAGGAGACAAUGAUGGGACAGUCUUCAAGGGCUUCUCGCUGGGCCGAUCCGGACCACUUCGCCCAGCGGCAAACCUGCAUGAACAAGUUCGCCAGCUGGUUUGGCGCCAUGCCGCUGGUCCACUCCCAGAUGAGACUGGACCCCGUCCUGUUCAAGGAUCAGGUCUCCAUCCUACGCAAGAAAUACAGGGACAUCGAGAGGCUCUGACAGGACCGGCGCCCCCUGGGGGGAGAACCCACGCAGGGGGAGGCGCGAGAAAGAGACUCGGUGGAGAGUAGAAGGAGUAGUAGGACGACAGCAGGAUGGACGGGCAGCGACACGGCUCUGUCUUCCACUCAGCACAUCGCCAAUGACCACAGCGCCGCUGCUCCAAGGACAUGAUGCAGGAAGGAAUGCAUAGGAAGAGAGCAGAUGGCGUUUGGAUAUGAAAAAGACAAACAAAAGAACGCAAACACAGACAGACAAAGAGAAACUGACGGACAUGCCAAACAGUACUGUAUGUUCACAAACGUGCAAACGGCAGCACACACUACUGACGACGAGAACUCGUGCAUAGAAUAUUUUUUUGUAAACAACAGCGACAAUGACUUUCCUGCUCUCUCGGCACAUGUGCAGGAUGGUAGAAGAGGGAAGGUGUCUGCGAACCUGGAAACCCCACCCAUCACAAAAUCCUACCAGUACCC